AGGCGUGGGAGGGAAAGGGGAAUGGCCUAAACGGGGUAGCCGGCGGCUCGGGACGGCACGACACAGCACAGCUCUGCUGGGGCAGCCACCGGCGUCCUGCCGCUGAGAUGGAGCCGCGAAGCUGUGGAUUUCUGUUACUGCUCCUUCACAUCUUGAGAGCUGUUAUUGCACUGGAGGAGAAGAUCAUCACCAGUAAACCUGGAGACAAUGUUACACUGAGUUGCAUUUAUCAAGGAAAAGAAUUACACUUAAAAAAUCUACGGGUAUAUUGGCAAAUAGCUGAUGAUCAAGAAGACUGUACAGUUGUACAUGCACUGAUCUCUGGUCAAGACAAUGAAAGUGAACAGUGUAUUCACUUUAAAAACAGGACUCAGUUAUUCUGGGAUAGAUUGGAAAAAGGCGAUUUUUCCCUGCUACUACUAAAUGUCAGCCAGAGUGAUAAACAUAGGUACAAAUGUGUAGUACUGCAGAAAACCGAAUAUACCAGAGUGAUUCAUCAGGCAGAAGUGGUCCUCAGAUUAGCAGCUAGUUAUAGCCAACCCAUACUCAGUGGACCCAUAAGAAACAGUGACAGCACUGAAGAGGAGGUGACUUUCAGCUGCAGGUCUGGCAAUGGAUACCCAGAACCCAAUGUUUAUUGGAUAAAUAAAACGGACAACAGCCACCUGCCUCCGUCAGAGCUAAAGAUCAGCCGCCACACCGAUGGCACUUACAGUGUUUUUAGCACACUGAAGGUCAAAGCCACUUCUAACAUGCAAAUAGAGUGCUCCAUAGAAAAUAGAAUACUUCAGGAAAAUCUGUCAGCCAACUACACACAGCAGAAGCAAAGCAAUGGUUCUAGCAUAGAAAGUCACAAAAACCUGGAAAAAAGCAGACGACGUGCUCAAGCAGCUGGCAUAAUUUCCAUUGUCCUUCUGAUAGGUCUUCUAGCUGUUAUAGCCUGCUGGCUGAGGAGACGGAGGUCCUCUAAACCAGUAUCCUACACAGAUGUCCAACCAAAUGAAGACAAAGGAGGACUCAACUCACCCAUCUAAAUGGAAAGUCUGCCAACAAUUCGGGCAGCUAGAGAUGUGUCAAGAGAAGCGUCACCCUCUAACUCAGCGGCAGCGUUGCUUGUAAUACAAGUGACAGAUUUCUGCAGUGUGCACUGAGAGAGAUGGCAAAGCAAAAAGCUUCUCCAACACAAGAGACAGCAAAAUCUGCUGGAUUUCUGUUCCAGGCACUGGCUGUGUCCACACAACAGUUGUGUCACCACUUUGGACAGUCCUCUGCAAUAGUCUGCCAGGGUGCUGAGCUCCUGCAUAGGGGAAAGCAAUAAGCCUCGGACUUAGCCACUCUGUGCUGGAGCGCUGAAAGCUGAGGAGUGCCCACUGUCUUGUCAUCACCUUUGAGGACUUUGUGACUAGCAGAAGGGACUGCCUUUCAGGAGAACGGGAAUUUCUUGCUGCUUCUCCUUGCCCUGGCAAUGACUACCAAAUGUAAAGAAUGGCAGCUAAAAAAAAAGAAAACUGAAGGACUCUCUGCCAAGUGAGAUUUGUGACCUUUUCCACCUUUCUCUGUUUCCAGUACAUCUUUUCAUUGUCUGGUUUCACCAAAGGCAUGUUGUUGUGUACUAGGGAGAAUAUUUUGACCCAGUCCUCCGAAAAUGGAAGCUGCUGUAACAGGGAUAAGCACUGAAUAUGGUAAUGUGAGGGAACAUGCAUUCUUUAAAUGCACUUGAUGUCAACAUUUUGGUUUUCAACAAGUAUUCCACUGAAAAGGGGAAUUCCACUUUUCACAGAAGCCGGUACAUAUUGAAUGAAAGAACAGGCUGUAGAAAUAUGACCAAUUAAAAAUAGUGGUCUCUGCUAUGGUAACGUUGGGUUACCUGGAACAAAAACUGUAGUUCAGCUCUUCUUGUUUCAGCUGGUCUUUUUUAAGCACUCGCCUAUGGCUUCCAGGGAGGAUUGUAACUGAAAUAUUUGAACUGAACCUCUAACACCUCUCCCCCACCACCAAAAAUAAAAGAGCAGACUAUGCCACUAUGUUGUCUAUUAAUGUCCAGAAAGCCAAGAACUGCAAUUCCCUCAUGCCAGUGCUCAUGCCUCCCUGGGUCAGCCCUGAGUGAGUGAAAAGCAACGGGUUGAAAAUAGUGAAGCAGGAAAUUUUGCUGUUGGUAUGAGGUCUUGGAGGAGGUAUGUAUAGUAGCUCACUUGCCUAGGUGGGAUAUUUUUCCUCAUCUUGUCACAAAAGGGUGAAAAUUAUUAUUUUAAACUGAGCCAUGAAAAUACUCAUCAUCUUCUACACUAUUUGUUUGACCAAAAUUCUACCAAUUUUGUGAAUAAGUCACAGCCUUGUUUAUCCAAACCCUGCAGGGAGGAGGGCACUCUAGUGUCUACUGUGAGAUGGGACAUUUGUUUUUCUUAUCAAGAACAGCUUUCAAAUCCCAGCCAAGUGAACAUAAAUUUUAAUGCCCUGUUCUCCCAUCACACAGAAUCCAGAGCCUUUUGGCAACAGCAGCUAACUUUUGCUGAAGCGACACUCCCAAGGAAGCUGCAAGCUGGGCAGUUGUGCCAGCACCACUGCGCCAGUGUCUCAUAGGAGGGCUGCACUGGCUCAGCCUCCAUGGCAUGUAAGAGAAGGGGCAGUUUAGCUCUCACUUGAUGUAACCUAAGCCUACUCACCUAUCUGAACAGGAUAGGGAAAGUUUUUGUUUUGUCUUGUGGGUUUUGUAUUUUUGUUUUUUUGUUGUUUUUGUUUGUUUGUUUGUUUUUUGGUGUUUUUUUUUUUUAUGUAAAAAAGACAAGCUACAGCUAAAUAACUAAGCUCCCAUCUCCUGUUUAGAUUGUAACUGAGUAUAAUUGUGGGGUUUUUUAAAGACAUUGUAUCUAUUAAUGUGAAACAAGUAUAUUACAUAUUUGCUAAUCUUGAACAUCUGUAAAAAAUACUGUGUUGUAUUUAUUAAUUUCACAUUUGGCCUCUGUUGCCUUCCAAUCUACAACUAGGUAGGGCAUUUAGCUCACAGUAUUUGUCAGCUAAGAUUACCGAGGUGCCGUAAGUUACUUUAAGUAUCAGCCUUUCCUUAUCUUCUCUCAUGUCGAUUAAUGUUGUGGAGGUGUUAGGUGUUUUCUGAGUCCAUAUCUAGUCUUCAGGGAACCAUAAGGGGAAUUUGCCUGAAGAAAGCAUGCAGGCUUGCAGACACCUUAAAACUGUGAACAACAUCUGUGCACAUAUGAAAUGUAACUGUUUCCUAGGGGUUCAGCAAGGUGUCCUGCAGACAUUUCCUCACCGUCUAUCACAUGAAGUUGUUUUGUGCAGCCUCUUUGGUGCUGCUGUAACUGACAGAAACCUUUUCUAAAAUGUUUUCUACUUUUAUAUUCUGCAACUGCAAGAAGAUGUAAUGGUUUAGAGAUUUAAGAAGUGACCUAGCAGUCACUUCGCAAUAUAUUAAGCUAAUUUAGACUAGUUUUCUUACUUCUGGGCUGCUUCACAGUACAUAGCAAAUACACCUAAAUGCAACAGCCUGGUCUUGCAAAAUCCCUACUUUCAAGUUGGUUUAGGUUUCCAGCUAUUUUUGGAGGCAAGUAAAUUCCAGUUGACAGUUGUUGUUACCAUUCAAAGGACUUUGGAAUUUCAUAGUAACAGAGCUUUUGUCAUCAUGUACCAUGUUUAUGUUUCCAAUAAAAUCCAUUAGUUCUUCUGGA